AUGAAGCUACUCUCGCUCCUUACGGUUCUGAGCACCGCUGUACUCCCAGCAGUCGUUGUUUCUGCUCAGAAGCUUCCGCUAUCGACGUCAUCGCGAUGGAUCCUGGAUGCUGACGGACAGCGCGUCAAGCUACGCUGUAUAAACUGGGCAGGCCAUCAAGAAGCCAACGUACCCGAGGGUCUGAGCAAGCAGUCUGUCGACUACAUCGCCGAUUUCAUCCAGAAGCAGGGCUUCAACUGCGUACGCUUGACAUACUCUAUCGAUCAUGCCUUAAAUCCGGAUGUCCUGGUCUCGGACUCGUUUACCGCCGCUGCCGGUGCCGCCAACGUCUCGGCCACUGAUAUGAGUAGCACGUACACUCAAAUCGCUGAGAAGAACUCGUUCGUCAACGGCGCGACCACGCGCGCAGUUUACGAGGCAGUUAUCGCGGCGCUCUGGAAAAGGGGCGUGAUGACGAUUUUGGAUAACCAUGUUAGCAAAGCCAGUUGGUGCUGCAACAUCGACGACGGAAAUGGAUGGUGGGACGAAGGGUUCGGCUACAACUCCCUAAACAGCCGCUACUUCAAAACCCAAGACUGGCUAAACGGCCUCCAAGCAAUCGCGACAUGGUCGACCUCGCAACCAGGCGUAAUCGGAAUGAGUCUGCGCAACGAAAUCCGCGAGUUCCUCCUCCAAGGCACGAACGGGCGAGCCGACUGGUACAACUUCAUGACGCAGGGCGCGCAGCGCGUGCACAACGCAAACCCGGACCUACUAAUCAUCAUGGGCGGGACGCAAAGCGCAACAGACCUAACGCACAUCCGAAUCAACCGCAACAUCGACUGGAGCAGCUGGCAGGGAAAACACGUGUGGGAAUUCCACGCAUACUCCUUCACCGUGACCUUCGCGCUCGCGAAAGGCAACUGCGACAUGCUGAAAGACGCGUACGGGCUCUUCGACGGGUUCGUGUUAGUCCAAGGAAAAGACUACACCGCGCCGCUCAUCCUCUCCGAGUUCGGGUUCGGGAUGACGGGGGGACCGAACUCGGGGCUCUCCGAUGACGAUAACACGUACUUCCAGUGCUUGCGCGAUUACAUCACGGGCAAUGAUGCGGAGUGGGCGCUUUGGGCGCUGCAGGGCUCGUAUUAUGUCCGCCAGGGCGCGGUGAAUGCUGAUGAGAGCUGGGGGCUUAUGAAUUCGGAUUGGAGCGGGUUGAGGAAUGCUAAUGUUACGGGGUUGUUGGAGCCGAUGUUUAAGGUUACUCAGGGGCCUUGA